AUGAGGCCGGGCCUCGCAGGGCUCCUGGCCGCCUCCGCGGCCUACUCUCGGGCCUGCGGCGCAGCACCCGCCCAGCACGAGCUGCUGCGCUACGACGUCGACCUCGAGGCGCUCCCGGAUCUCUUCGGCAGCCCGGGCCUCGCGGGGGCCACGGCGGCCGCCUGGCUCGACACGCUGCGAAGGGCCCACCCGGCCGCCGCCGAGGAGCUCGCCGCGCUCUCCGCGGCCCUGCUCCGCGCGAGCCCCUCGGAGCCCCUCUUCGAGCUGCCGGCCCUGGCCGUGGGCAUGUCCCUGUACCCUCUCCUCAACAUCGCGGCCAAGAACACCACAGACGCGCGCCCGUCCGCCUGCACCAGCGCGCUGGCGCGCAUGGGCGGCGGGCGGGUGCUGCACGGAAGGUCGCUCGACUACGAGCCGAGGGACCCCCUUGCGCUGGGCUCGGUGGUCCUCGACUUUCGGCUGCGCGGGGAGGUCGCGUACAGGUGCCUGCACCCGCUGCCCUACGGCACAGCGCUGCAGUGGUUCACCUGCGUGCGCCCAGGGGCCUUCUCGCUCUCCGUGAACGCGAGGUCCCAGGGCAGCUGGACGGAGCACAACACCAGCUUCCCCGAGCUGCUGCGUCGGCUGGAGGGCUCCCUGCUCCUCGGCGAGGUGGCCGAGGUGGCCAUGGCGACGGAGAGCUACGCCGCGGCGCUGGCCGUGCUGGCGUCCGCUCCAGCCGUCUCCUCCAACUACUUCAUCCUGGCGGGCGCCGGCGGGGAGGGCGCCGUGGUCACACGCUUCGGCAACACGUCCUCGGCCGACGUGUGGGCGCUGGGCUCCUCCCCCGCGGUGUCCAACGGGCAGCCGCCGUGGAUGCGGGUGCAGACCAACGUGGACCACUGGGUGAGCUUCACGACAGGGGACUACGCGACGCACCGCCGCCAGCGCGCCAUUGAUGAGCUGUCCGCCAUCGGGGCGGAGGCCCUGGACCGAGAUGCCUUCAUGAGGGUCUACCUCACGGACAGCGCGAGGCCAGGCUCGGAGAACCGCACGCGCCCGGAGGACACGGGCGUGCUCUUGGGCCUCUGGGCCGUCGCGACCGUGAUCCUGGACCCAGCCGCGCCCUUCGAGGCAAAGCCAGACCCGCGCUACUGGAGGGUCUGGGCCGAAAGCCCAACGAUCGGGCCGCCGCCUGCGCCGAGUGCGGACGCGUCCGUGGCGCUCGUGUGA